UCCCUUCAGCCCCUCCGAUAUAGAACCAACCAUGAGAUGACGGGCAGCAUCAUCUGCCUCCCAGGCAGCAGCGCUCACUGACACAGGCCUCGCUCGCCGCUUCCUCCUGCGUUUACUGUGCGAUUCCUGCCAGGCUGCCCACAUCCGCACCAGCAGCCCCGGUACCCAACACGGGCAGCUCGGCGCAGACACAAUGCAGAUACAGAAAUUAAAUACUGCUGGUGAGGCCAUAAACAAGUGUUUUGGCACAUGGAUUAAAGGAAGGAGAGUGCACUUCUGAAAGCAUGAUUAUUGUCUGUCUAACAGUGACUGAUGAUGUCCAUGAUGACAUUGAUUCUUUCUGUUGAAACGUCCAUUCCUCUCAGUAAAUGUGUUUUCUGACUGAAAUAUCGUUGUUCAACCAACUACAGUUUGGAAUGUGCCAGUAUAUUGUAAUCUAAUGGAUGAUUAACUAGCUCCGAUUUAAGAAGUUUCCGCACAGAAGGACUUAAAACAGGGGGGGACAAGAUAAACGGAAAAAGAAAAUAAAGCAAAAAAUGGCGUCAAACAGAAGUCAAAAUCCCCAUGGACUUAAACAGAUUGGCUUGGACCAGAUCUGGGAUGACCUGCGGGCCGGCAUCCAACAAGUUUACACCAGACAGAGCAUGGCAAAAUCCAGAUACAUGGAACUCUACACUCAUGUUUAUAACUACUGUACCAGUGUGCACCAGUCUAACCAGGCACGGGGGGCUGGAGUACCACCAUCAAAAUCCAAAAAGGGCCAGACUCCUGGAGGGGCCCAGUUUGUUGGUCUUGAACUGUAUAAAAGGCUAAAAGAGUUUUUGAAGAGUUACUUGACAAACCUCCUGAAGGAUGGUGAGGAUUUAAUGGAUGAGAGUGUUCUUAAAUUUUACACACAGCAAUGGGAAGAUUACCGGUUUUCUAGCAAAGUAUUAAAUGGGAUCUGUGCGUAUCUCAAUCGACAUUGGGUGCGGCGUGAAUGCGAUGAAGGACGCAAAGGAAUAUAUGAAAUUUACUCGCUGGCCUUAGUCACCUGGAGGGAUUGCCUCUUCCGGCCAUUGAACAAACAGGUGACAAAUGCAGUGCUGAAACUGAUAGAGAAAGAACGAAACGGAGAGACUAUCAACACCCGACUUAUCAGUGGCGUUGUGCAGUCUUAUGUGGAGCUGGGCUUAAAUGAAGACGAUGCGUUUGCCAAAGGCCCAACGUUGACAGUGUACAAAGAAUCUUUUGAGUCCCAGUUUUUGGCUGACACAGAGAGGUUCUAUACAAGAGAGAGCACAGAGUUUUUACAACAGAACCCAGUCACAGAAUACAUGAAAAAGGCAGAAGCUCGGCUGCUGGAGGAACAGAGGCGGGUACAGGUGUACCUUCAUGAGAGCACACAAGAUGAGCUGGCACGGAAAUGUGAACAAGUUCUUAUAGAAAAACACUUGGAGAUCUUCCACACGGAGUUCCAGAAUUUGCUAGAUGCAGACAAAAAUGAAGAUUUGGGGCGAAUGUACAAUCUUGUGUCCCGAAUUCAAGAUGGCUUAGGAGAGCUUAAAAAGCUAUUAGAAACGCAUAUCCACAAUCAGGGACUUGCUGCAAUAGAGAAGUGCGGAGAAGCAGCACAAAAUGAUCCCAAAAUGUAUGUACAGACCGUUUUGGAUGUUCACAAGAAAUAUAAUGCACUAGUUAUGUCAGCGUUCAACAAUGAUGCUGGUUUUGUGGCUGCAUUAGAUAAGGCUUGUGGCCGUUUUAUAAAUAACAACGCAGUAACAAAAAUGGCCCAGUCUUCCAGCAAGUCUCCAGAGCUGCUUGCUCGUUACUGUGACUCACUACUGAAGAAAAGCUCGAAGAAUCCAGAAGAAGCAGAACUGGAAGAUACGCUCAAUCAAGUUAUGGUGGUUUUCAAGUAUAUAGAAGAUAAGGAUGUCUUUCAGAAAUUCUAUGCAAAGAUGCUUGCAAAACGUCUCGUUCAUCAGAACAGUGCGAGCGAUGAUGCUGAAGCAAGUAUGAUAUCCAAACUUAAGCAAGCUUGUGGUUUUGAGUAUACUUCAAAACUGCAGAGAAUGUUCCAAGAUAUUGGGGUCAGCAAGGACUUGAACGAGCAGUUUAAGAAACACCUAACAAAUUCCGAACCACUUGACUUGGAUUUCAGCAUACAGGUUCUAAGCUCUGGAUCGUGGCCUUUUCAACAAUUCUGCACAUUUGCUUUACCUUCUGAGCUGGAACGAAGUUACCAGAGGUUUACAGCUUUUUAUGCCAGUCGUCACAGUGGGAGAAAACUGACUUGGUUAUAUCAGUUAUCCAAAGGGGAAUUGGUUACCAACUGUUUUAAAAACAGAUACACCUUGCAGGCAUCCACAUUCCAGAUGGCAAUCCUGCUUCAGUAUAACACAGAAGAUGCCUAUACAGUGCAGCAGCUGACAGACAGCACGCAGAUAAAAAUGGACAUCUUGGUACAAGUGCUACAAAUAUUACUGAAAUCAAAGUUAUUGGUUUUAGAAGAUGAAAAUGCAAAUGUGGAUGAAGUGGAACUGAGGCCGGAUAUCUUAAUAAAGCUGUAUCUGGGCUAUAAAAAUAAAAAACUUAGAGUGAACAUUAAUGUCCCUAUGAAGACAGAGCAGAAACAAGAGCAAGAAACAACGCACAAAAACAUAGAGGAAGAUCGCAAGCUCCUCAUCCAGGCUGCUAUAGUGAGAAUCAUGAAGAUGAGGAAGGUCCUGAAACACCAGCAGCUUCUUGGAGAAGUUUUGACCCAGCUGUCUUCAAGGUUCAAACCACGUGUUCCUGUUAUCAAGAAAUGUAUUGACAUCCUAAUAGAAAAAGAGUAUCUGGAGCGGGUAGAUGGAGAAAAGGACACAUACAGUUACCUGGCUUGAAUAAAAAAAGAAAAUUUUAUACAUAUAUUUAGAAAUUGCCUGAUUGGGUAAAUGUCAUUUGUGUGACACUCGGCAGAUAGUAAGUUACGUGAUGGAAAGAAUGGUGACACAGAAGAACUUCAUAUGAGCUUAUUUGUUGCCACCUGGUCACUUUUUAACCACACAGGAAACAUGACUCCAAAACGCCAGCCUCAGGACUGACACCAUUUCAAGCAUGUAAAUAUGGAUAUAUGGACACCAAUGCCCUUUAAUUUAAGAACUGAGGGUAGCCUGUACCCAAGCAAAACAGAUGUUCGCAUGCUACCACCUCCCUCCUUUUAAAUCAGUACAUUUUGGCUGUAUGGGCAACAGAUGUCAAUGAAGCUAGUCCCUAGUUAUAUUGGCAGCACAAUGAUAUAGAGUAUGAAUGGACCUAAUGUAAUCUGCUAUGAAAUCCCAUUUGUAUAGUGUGUAAUUUUUUUAAUGUGUGAAAAUAAAACAAAAAAUCAAAAAAAAAAAUAAUAAUAAUUCUGUAAAA